CCGAGGCCGGCAGCCGGCGCUGGCGGUGCCUCCUUCUUGGCCACGAUGGCCCGCGGCUGGAGAGGAAUCCUCGUGUCGACCUUGCUGGUGGUGUCUGCCGGCUGUUCCGCGGCACAGCAGCAGCAGCAGCCGGCCGCCCUGCCCAGCGCCACUGCCGACGAGGUGUUCAGCAUCAUCGCAAGAGCAGUUCAGCAAGAGCUACGACCAGUCGUCAGAAGAAUCGAGUCACAAGUGGAGUCGAAAGUCAUCAGCAGACUCGGGCCUCGAGUGGAGUCGCUGGACAAAGUCGUCAAAAAGCUCGAGUCUCGUGUGGAGUCGCUGGACAACAGACUGACUCUGCUCGACUCUCGAGUGACUGAAUGGACCACCCACAUUUUGAGGAGCAGGCAGAGUGAGCAGGUGGAAGAGCUGUCCAGUCAACUGACUGGAAUCACUGCCAGACUCGACAGCCAGCAAUCGCAACUGAGCGAGCUCAACACCCAGCUGAACGAACAAAUAUCGCAACAGGGGGAGACUGCAGCCACAAUGAUCAACCUCACAGCGCAACUGGAUGGCAUCGUUACUCAGCAAGGAGAUCAACUCACACAGACGUCUCAACUGGCUACAAGGCUCGGCAGCCAGCAAUCUCAACUGAGUGAGCUCAACACCCAGCUGAACGAGCAAAAAUUGCAACAAGAGGAGGCUGCAGCCACCGUGAAAGGCAAUAUGGAACGACUGGAAUCCAACGUAACGUGGCUAGAAAAUCAACUAACAAAGGUGUCUGGACUGGCCAACAGGCUCGACAGCCAGCAAUCACAACUGGACGAGCUCAGUGACCAGCUGAACGAGCAGAAAUCAGUUCAGAACGUGACUACAGUCACAUUGGAUAAUCAUACAGCGCUUAUUGAUGCCACGACAUCCCAGAUUGUCACUCCAGUGUCCCAGCUGGCUGAGACCAUUAACAAGACAACAGCCAUACAGGAGAGCAUAGAUCGUCCGGCUUCUGAGGUAAAGCAGCUGCCUCCUCCCCGUGAUUGCAGUGGCCUGCCUGUCGACUCCCCGUCUGGAGUCUACCUCCUUCUGCCCAGUGGCGACAGUCAACAACCACCCGUCCAGGCGUACUGUGAUAUGAACACUGCAGGAGGGAACUGGACGGUGUUCCAACGACGAGACGAUAUCAAGCCCCACCAGGACUUCUACCUGGGAUGGACGGACUACAAGGAAGGCUUUGGUAAUGUGACCAAAGAAUUCUGGUGGGGCUUAGAACACCUAUAUCAGCUGACGUCAUCAGGCCGACGGUACGAACUCCGUAUUGAUCUAGAGGCGUUUGACGGUAAUCGAUCAUACGCUGCAUACCAAGGGUUCCGUAUCUCGUCUGAGAAGGACGGCUACGGACUGAGCCAUACCGACUACUCGGGAACUGCCGGGGAUGGUCUACAGUACAGCGUCAAUGAGCAGUUCUCUACCCGUGACCGUGACCAGGACGGCUGGCUUUACUUUCACUGUGCACAGAAAUAUCUGGGUGCCUGGUGGUACGGCUGGUGCGGGAGGAGCAACCUGAACGGACGGUACCGGGACGGCGGUGAUGAGGACCGAACUGGAAUAUGGUGGGAGACGUGGAGGGGAUACGAGUCACUGAAGACGACAGAUAUGAAGAUCAGACCCACCUACUAAUCUACACACUAAGGAGGUCAUCACAGCGGUGUGGUGUACAGUACACGUGACACGUACAUGUGUCACAAGCACCGUGCGGCGGCCACGGCCAUCGGCCCGGGCUGCCAGUGCUGCGACUGCAGAGCCAGAAUCUGUUGUGAACGCGCGCGCGCGCUGGAGAUGUUACUGAUGGCUUUUCUGCGUAUCAAAAGUAUCGUCUACAUACGUGUUUCUAUAUCUAUACCUGUUUUUCGUCCUUAACUAACCUCUAUGUGUAUCGUAUAAUCAUGAAAUGUUUGGGUAAAUAAACUUCUUUAACACCGAGA